GGGGACAUUUCGUAAUAUUUUUGGAAGUUCACUCGUCAACAAUUUCAUGGUCUUGAGAUCGAAGAAACUGACGUGGAUAUUUUGCAUAUAAGAAAUACUCUAUUAGGCAUAUUAUUUUUGUACUUAUAUAUACACUAAUGUGUAAAAAUGGGCGCUCUAUUUGAUUCUUCACUUUUCUCACUCCACCUCCUCUUCCUCUGUUUCUGCCCUUGAGAUCGGCGGUGACGGUGCCUUGUUUCUUUCUCUCUUUAUUUCUCAAAAAAGUAAAAACCAUAGAAAUAAUUAUUACACUAUUUUACUUUUUAUUUUGAAAUUUUCAUCAUUUUUCAUAAAAUAGAAAAGACUUUGUCUUUCUCAUCUCAAUAUCUUUUUCUCUCUGUAUUUAUAAGUUUUUCUCUCUCGAAGAAAACUACAUUUCUCCUUCUUCUUACACCCUUUUCCCUUUAAAGUUAGGGUUUCUACUUACUACCAACAAACUUUUCAUUAAGGUAUGUAUUAAUUAUAUUUGAUUCUACACUAAUUUUUCCCUAUUGAAUUCUUAGAUUUUGUUAAUUACGAAUCAAAUUGAGGGCCUGAGUUGAUUAAUCUUUGGAUAAUUUGUUGACAUAUUCUUGAUUACUUGUGAGGUUUUUGAUCAAAUGGGGUACUAAUUCUGAGAAAAUAUUUAAAAUUAAGGAUUUUUUUCCUUCUUUUUGUAAUAAAGAUUUGAUUUUUAAUUGUAGGAUAUAGUUUUGUGAUUUUUAUUUGAUUUGGGGUUGUCAAGAUGGUGUGUUUUUCUGUAUUAUGUUAUGAGUUCAUUUUCGUGGUAACCGACGGGUUUACGUGGUGGCGAAAGUAGUGGUUGGAGGUGGUGGUGAAGAUUAGGGUCGGUGAAGUGGAGAAAAAAAUAUGCCAGAUUUUGAAAGUGUGCAACAGAAGCAGGAAAAUAAUGAUCCUCAUGCAGAGUUUCAUAGGGGAGUAGAGGACUUAAUGCGAGGGCAAUUGGAUGAUUGUGUGUCACUGGGAACAUGUAGCUCUCCAUGUGAUCAAGAAGAUGAAGAUGAGGAAGGUGAUCAACUUGUGCGCCGCAGGAGAAGGUCAGACCUUGAAGGGGAAGACUUGGCUGAAUCUUCAGCUGCCCGGAGACGCCACUCUCGAAUUUUGAGUAGAUGGGCUGCGAGGCAAGCAGAAGAGAUGAUUACAACACUUGAGAGGAGGAAUCGUGAGUCUGAGCUGAUGGCACUUGCAGGUUUGCAUACUGUAUCCAUGCUUGAUUCUUCUUUCUUGAGGGAAUCACAGUCUCCAACUUCAAGAAGCAGGCAGGGUGCUGUUGAGAGGCCUAGUACUCAGGCUUCAUCUUUACUGCAAAUGUGGCGCGAGUUGGAGGAUGUACACGUUUUGAAUCAUGCUAGAGAUAGGGUUAGAGAGAGAUUGAGACAGCAGAGGAGUGUUGAAUCUAAUACUAACCUUUCUAGCACAAACAUUUCGGAAAGUCCUGCGAGUGGAGAUGUAAGUGAGAGUGACAAUGAGUAUGGAGCGUGGUCUCAAGGUCAAAUUGAGACACAGAAUGAGCGUGCCGACCAGCAAACCUCUAGCCGGGAGCAAUCACCUGAUAUUGGGGAUGUAGAUAGGGAGAGAGUGAGGCAGAUUGUAAGGGGGUGGAUGGAUAGUGGCAUAAGUGAUCAAACAUCUAAUGUUCCCCAGAGGACCAGUCCUCGAGCUGAAUGGCUCGGUGAACCGGAACGUGAGAGGGUGCGAGUUGUGAGGGAGUGGGUCCAAAUGACAAGUCAGCAGAGGCCUACGCGCGGUGCUAGGAGGGAAGAGAGAACUGGUGCUGUCAGUGGUCAGACUGAUCGUGCUCGGGAUGGGGCAGUUGUUAACCAUGAUCAAGGCCAACCUGAUCAUAUUCGCAGGGAUAGGCUUAGAUUACGUGGUAGGCAAGCUAUAAUUGAUUUGCUUAUGAGAAUUGAGAGAGAGAGGCAGAGGGAGUUGCAGGUACUGUUAGAGCAUCGAGCUGUUACGGACUUUGCUCACCGGAACCGUAUUCAGUCAUUGCUCAGAGGGAGGUUCCUACGGAAUGAAGGGACUGUUGAGGAAGAGAGACCCCCUUCUUUGGCGGUGAGAGAAUUGGGUCAGUUGAGACAAAGACAUACUGUAUCUGGUUUGAGGGAUGGAUUUCGAACUGGAUUGGAAACUAGUCGUGGACAAGUAGGCAACCCCUCUGAUACCCCAUCUGAGGAACAAAUCCAAACAAGUGACUCAGAGGAGUUUCCUAAUGAAACCCAUGAACAAUCUCAACCUAGGAGCCGAGAAGAACAAGUUCAUCGGUUGUUUGAGAGUACAAGAGGCCUGGAAAGUGAUACAGAUGUUCCAAGCAUAAGUUCGCAAGAACCUGUAUCUCAACCAGGGGAUUGGCAGGAACAAGCUCCGGAAGAUGAAAGAAGAAACUGGGAACAUUCUCCUGCAGUUUUAAAUCAAUGGGAAGAGGGUAACAAUGACGAAAUGGAUGGUAACUGGCAGGAGACAGGGGCUGCAACUUGGCCCCAAGAAACUCCAAGGGCAGAUAGUGGAGAAGCUAGUCAUAUUCAAGAAGCACCUGUGUGGCAUGAGAAUCGUUCUCACGAAGCUGUAGAACACUGGCCUGAUGCUUCCAAUCUCCACAGAUCCCGUCGUCCUGUUCCUAUAAGGAGAAUUAGUAGAUUCCACCCACCUGAUGAUGAUAAUGUGUACAGCAUGGAACUCAGGGAACUCCUUAGCAGGAGAAGUGUCUCUAAUCUGCUACGUAGUGGUUUCCGUGAGAGUCUAGACCAAUUGAUACACUCAUACGUGGAAAGGCAAGGUCAUGCUCCUUUCGACUGGGAUCUGCAUAGAAACUUGCCUAUUCCUGGUUCACCGGAGCAAGAUCAGGAGCAGCAGAUAGAUGACUUAAAUGUUGAUCAGCCAGACACUGUUACCAGGCCUUCACUUGUGCUCCCAUCUCCACCUGUGCCCCCACCGCAGCCUCUUUGGCUACAGAAUGCCAACUGGCCAUCUAGACACAGCCUGCACCGGACAGAAAUGGAAUGGGAGGUAAUUAAUGAUUUGAGGGCAGAUAUAGCUAGGCUCCAGCAAGGAAUAAGCCAUAUGCAGAGGAUGUUGGAGGCUUGCAUGGAUAUGCAACUGGAGUUGCAGCGUUCCGUAAGACAGGAAGUCUCUGCUGCUUUAAAUCGCUCAGCUGGUGGUCCAGGCGUGUGUGAGUCAUCCGAGGAGGGGUCGAAGUGGGGCCAUGUGAAAAAAGGAACUUGUUGUGUAUGUUGUGAUAGUCAUAUUGAUUCUCUUCUGUACAGAUGUGGGCAUAUGUGUACUUGUUCGACAUGUGCAAAUGAAUUGGUUCGUGGUGGAGGAAAGUGUCCAUUGUGUCGUGCGCCGAUCAUCGAGGUGGUCAGAGCUUAUUCCAUACUGUAAAAAUGAUAAUGGCUAAAAGCAACAAAAAAGAAAAAAGUGAAGAAAAGAAAAAGGUAAAUGGAGGUAGGAUAUUGGAGCCAUUGUCAGUUGUUCUUUCUAACUUGCUUUUUCCAGGUUUAACACCCCAUAUUCUUAUCUAAUUUAAUUAGAUUUGUUUGGUUCUCAAUCCCACUGUUGUCCUGAUUAUUUCCUGGAACAUAUGCAAUGUAAAAUGUACAAUUGAAAUAAGAAAUGGCACGCCUUCUCUUCAC